AUGGGAGUGGAAUGGGCGAAAGGCUUGAGUCAAUACUCAUGUUUAAAUCCUCGCCAUAGUACGCUGGGAUUUGGAGCUCUCAAAGCGGACAGGAAAGUUAUAAUGGGGGAAGUGGAUAGCAAAGUCGAGGAGAGCGUUCUGGUGCUAAAGGCCGCUGCCAAGAGCAAGAAAAUCCCAGCUCCAGAGGUGUUUGCGGCAUUUAGAGUUUUGGAGAAAGCCCGCGUGGAUCCAUCCAAUUUUCUAGAGACUUUGGGAGGAAGUAGUGGAGCUGAGCCAAGGUGCUGGAUGCUUGUGUUCGCUUCUGGAGCCAAAGUGACAAAGAGCAUACUAAACGGGCUCUACCUCGGCCCUCUUGGUGUGCUAGAAUUCAUGGGACGCUUCUCAUGGUCCAAGAACAAGCUCUUCUUCAUCUUCGAUUCCCUGAGCGUCAAGGUUGGGCCUCUCGGCCCCUUCCAAUUCGCGAUCAGCAAGAAAGAAGAGCUGGAUCGAGAGCCCGGGAACAAAGAUCCUUUCUUCAUCUGGUUCUACGCGGACGAAGAAAUCGUCGUUGGAAAGGGGUCAGGAGGAGGCAUUUUUCUGAGGGUGCGUUGCAAUCGAAGAGUUUGA